UCUACCAAAUUAAUUUUGAUUAGUUCAAGUUUUAAUGUAGAUUUGCUUUAACCUUUGCUUUAUUAAUUUAAGUAAUGCUUGAAAUUUACUUAAUCUUUUUUACUUUGUUCUGUUCAUAUUGCAAAAUUGCAGUUCACUAAGCCCAAGAAGCUUUGAAGUUUGAGAGAUCAAGUACUUUAUACUGUUGAUAUUACAAAAUUGCAGUUUUCUAGGCCACACAAGCAUUGAACUGUUUGAGGUAUUGAAUAUGUUAGCUGCAGAGAUAAGCUCAGGACACAAUCGGCAUUCUCGCAGUGAUUCUUCCACAAAGCACAAAAGUGGCUAUGAACCUUCAGACACAGAAACUGAGUGGCACGAAAGCCCUUGGAAUGAUGCAGUGUUUCCAUCAGAGAGGACUCAUCUUCCUAAAGAUCCUGGUAGGAAUAUCCAAGUUGGUGCUAGAAGGCAAAACAUAUCUCCCAACCAUAGAAGAGACUAUCCUAAUGAGAAAGCUUCAAAUUUGAGAAACAGCCGUACUCCUCCAACGUUCACAGAACAAAUGCACCAUAAUUCUUCAUAUGGUGGUGGAAAGAAUGAAUUACGCAAGAAGAGCAACCGAACGCCUCCCAGAUUUCGCCCUUCUACAGAAAGCUUUAGUCGGUCAUCUAUCAAGGAGAAAUUUUCCCAUAACCGAUCAAUUUCCGCACCAAAGCUACGGCCUCAUGAGAAGGAGCAUCCUCCUAGAGCUCCUGCAUUCCUUGGCACUAAUCUUAUCUCCAAACAGGGGGAAAUAGACUCAGCUGAUAAUAUAAAAGAAGAUUCACAUGCAGAAAUUUGUUCCCAAGAGGUCAAUGAGUUGAUUGCGAAUGGCAAGUGGCCUAAUUCCAGAUAUAAUGAAUAUGCAUGUACAAGCACAGAGUCAAUACCUACAGGUGACAUCUUCUUCUCCCGUGAUCGUAGGGCUCCACUUCAGAGAACACCGACAAAGCAUAAUAAUGACAAAUCCUUGACCUCAGAAAAUGCCCAUGCUGAGAAAUAUGGUACUCAAGAAAAUAAUGAUAAGUUAGGCCAAACACAACAAUUUGUUUCAGCCCAUGCAGGCCUUUCACGAACAAAUAGAAACUCCAAUUAUGGUACUAGUCGGCACACCCAAAUAAACAGUGGCCCCACUUUGAGUAGCCAGUUUAAUAGUGGCAGAUUUAGUGGGGACAGUGGAAAGUUCAGUGAUUUCACUGGAAAACUAGUUGGUGGAGUCAUGAAAUUCACCUCCAACAUGCAAAAGGCGCAAAAUGAUUCUUGGUUUCCAUGUGUCACUGGAAAGACAUGCCGAAAACCAAGAUCACCAAACAGCAAAACAACCGAUGAAUCUGAAUCGAGUUUCAUUCAGAAGGCUCUUGUCGUGGAAAAUAUUAAGCUUUUCUGGGCUGAUAAAUAUCGUCCAAGAACUCUGAGUGGAUUUACUUGUCACAGCGAACAAAUUGAACAGCUUAAACAGUUGGUCUACAAUGAGUUUUGUCCACAUAUCAUCUUCAAAGGACCUCCAGGAUCAGGAAAGAGAUCAUUAUGUGGAGCUGUAGUUACUGAGAUCUUUGGUGACUCUCAAAAUGUUUCUCACUACUUAAAGAGCUGUAGUGGCCAGGGUUCUACGUCUAUGCCCAUUCUUGUCCCAUUGUCAUCAAGUGAUCACCAUAUGGAGCUUAAUUUGAGGUAUCAAUAUAAGAAUGCUAGAUAUGUUUUGAUGGAUUUGGCAAAUGAAAUUACAAAUAAGCACAAAACCACCAAUCCAUCUGUGAGAAAGAAUUUCAAAGUAAUUAUUCUCUAUGAUGUUGACAAAAUCAGUGAGGAUAAUCAACGUUUGAUAAAAUGGAUAAUUGAUUCAUCCUCUGACUCGCACAAGAUAAUAAUGACUUGCCAAGAUGAAUCCCAUAUUCUCGAUUCAAUAAAGAGCCGUUGCAAACUUAUUUGCAUUGGUGUGCCCAAUACAAGUGAGAUUGUGGAUAUUCUUAGUUACAUAUCAAAAAAGGAAAGUUUUGAGCUUCCUUCAAGUUUUGCUGCUACCAUCGCUAGUCAAUCUAGGCAAAACUUGAGGGAGGCGAUAUUGGCUUUGGAGGCAUGCAAAGCCAACAAUUACCCCUUCAUUGAUGGACAAGCUAUACCAUUAGGAUGGGAGAAUGUUCUGCAGGAACUUGCUGCAGAAAUUUUGGAUGACCCUUCUUCUAAAAGGUUGUUUUUGGUGAGAGGCAAGCUUCAAAAACUCUUGGUUGAAUUUGUACCUCCUAAACUAAUACUCCAGAAGCUUGCAGAGCUAUUUCUGAAGGGAAUCCAAUCUAGUAUAAAGAGGGAGGUUUAUUAUUGGCAUGCCUACUAUGAUAAGAGACUACCCCUUGGCGCAAGUGCACUGUUGAAAUUGGAAGAAUUUGUUGCCAAAUUCAUGAGCAUCCACAGGAAGACCUUGCCAGUUAGUUCAAGACGACCAGUCUAGGAUUCUUACGGAGGUAUAAUAAUAGCACAAACAAAGGGAGCACGGCUUCAGCGUGUGUCAUUUUCCUUUUGUAGAAAUGAUCUUUCUUGUGAAUAUGAGUGUGUUAGUAUGUGUAUUUUUGAAGUGUGGGAUCCGGAGCAAAGCCGAUGUAAAUCCAAGUUAUGGUACUUGGUAAUCUGGUACAGCCGACGAACCGAACCAUGCAUAGAUAGAUGGCUUGGAAAUGUACGUACAGGAAAUAAGAGUCUGUGCCUUUUGUACAUGAAAUUGGUCACUUCGAACACUUGAUAGGAGUUGCACAUUUUACUGCGUGUGAGUUGAUAUCGGCUAUGCCUACCUGUAAAACUUUGUCUGAUUCGGUGAGGAUCUGAUAUGUUACUGCAUGAUUAGUUGAUUACUGCUAA